UGGAAUUGAAUUGGAGAUUAUAUGGCUCGCGGCUUGGGAGCUCUGCCUAUCUUGUCCGAGUCCACACCUUUUCACCUCAAAAUUCGGUUCAACCUUCGUGCACGAGAUGGAAGGUUACAGCCAAUCGCGGUAUUAUCGCUUGGGCUGCAAAAGAACCAGUGUUGAGCUGGUUGUACCUUCCAGCAUUCCAUUGUUCACCAACGAUGUCGUUCAAGAGGCUCCUCUCGACGAUAACUAUCAAGAACAGUCCUUCAAAAGCACACCACCAUGUACCUCUUCCAUCCUCUUCUUUCCCGAAAGGAUUCGUCUUGGGUGGUUUCCACGUAGGAGUGAAGAAGAAACCAGGUGUACCCGAUCUCGCUGUCAUACUCUCAACAUCCGACAAACCGACCUCCGCGGCAGCAUGCUUCACCCGGAACGCUUUCAAAGCUGCCCCAGUGCUCGUUUCCGACGAGGUCCUCAAGCGUAACGGCGGCUACGCACGGGCAGUUGUCGUGAAUAGUGGAUGCGCAAACGCCGUGACGGGAAAACAAGGGAUGGACGACGCGUGGGCGAUGGUGAAGGAGACGGAUGCCCUACUGAGCAAGAGGUCAUCCGAGUUCGAGAACGAGACGCUAGUAAUGUCGACUGGUGUCAUCGGACAGAACCUACCCAUCGGGAAGAUCGUCAAGGGCAUUCAGGCACAGGCGAAGGACGGCGUGCUCGGGUCGGACUUCAAGGCCUGGGAGACGGCGGCACAGGCGUUCAUGACGACGGACACCUUCCCAAAACUUCGUUCACGGACGUUCACAAUCGGGGGUGUAGAGUACCGGAUGGCAGGGAUGGACAAGGGUGCAGGUAUGAUCCACCCCAACAUGGGCCCUGCGUCGACACAGUUUUCUGGUCCGAAGCAGCUGCAUGCAACGCUCCUGGGGUGCAUCAUGACCGACGCGGCUGUCACGCCACGGAGCCUGCAGAGUGCCCUCACGUAUGCCGUGGACCGAAGCUUCAAUUCGAUUAGUGUGGAUGGCGAUAUGUCGACGAAUGACUCGAUCUAUGUCUUGGCCAACGGUGCUGCGUCGAAGGGCGCGAUCGUCGACGAGGAGACGGACAAGGAGUCUUAUGAGGUGUUCAAGAAGGAGCUGACGGAUUUCGCGGCGGAUUUGGCCAAGCUGGUCGUCCGGGAUGGAGAGGGAGCGACAAAGUUUGUCACCGUCACUGUCAAAGGAGUGCCGUCCUAUCGUGACGCCCACAGCAUUGCAUCCCGGAUAUCUACCUCUGCCCUCGUCAAAACUGCCCUUUACGGCGAAGAUGCAAAGUGGGGCCGCAUCCUGGCUGCCACCGGCUCCGUCCCCCUCCAACCUUCCUCCACCGGCUCUAUCCUCGUAAUCGAUCCAACAAAAGUGAAUGUCACCUUUGUGCCCUCUGACGGCUCCUCUGCCUUGCCUGUGCUCGUGAACGGCGAGCCGGAGAAUGUCGACGAGGUCCGCGCGAAGGAGAUCCUGAUGCUCGAGGACUUCGAUAUUUUGGUCGAUCUGGGUAUGGGAGGUGGCGGAGAGGCACAGUAUUGGACGUGCGAUUUUAGUUAUGAGUACGUGCAGAUCAAUGGGGAUUAUCGCAGUUAGA